AUGUCAGACCACCAAUACAAGUUCAACGUGUCCAUGAGCUGUGGCGGCUGCUCCGGCGCCGUCGAGCGUGUUCUGAAGCGCUUGGAGGGCGUGAAGUCCUUCGACGUCAACCUUGAAUCCCAGACCGCGCUCGUGACCGCCGAGUCGACCGUCCCCUAUGAUACCGUGCUGGCCACGAUUAAAAAGACUGGAAAGCAGGUCAACAGCGGCGAGGCCGAUGGGCAGACGAUGAGUGUUUGA